UAGCAGCCAAGAAUCAUAAGAUAAACAUUUCAAAGAUAUCUCCUAUUCAAAGGCUGAAAAAAAAAGCAGAUUGCGAAAACAACGGAAAAAUACAGAGGAAAAAUAAUUUGAAGAGGGGACCGACUUGUUACUUGUCCAAACCAAAAUUGUUACAUGAUAAAUUAUCGGAUUUAUCUGAAUUAUUUCGCACUCCGUACAUAUGACCCACUGAUUACGCAGGCUUUGAGGCUUCAUAAGUACACACCGCUUGUUCCUCGAGAUCAACCAGCACAAAAUUUUGUUAGAACAACUUCAAGAAAAAAUUAAUAAAAGAUAAGCAUAGUUCGAAAAUGGCGAAAAAUCCAGAGAGGGAGCACCCGGUGAAGGCCUUCGGAUGGGCAGCGAGAGACACUUCUGGGGUCCUUUAUCCUUUCAACUUCUCCAGGAGGGCCACCGGUGAGAAUGAUGUGCAGUUCAAAGUAUUGUAUUGUGGAGUUUGCCAUUCGGACAUUCACAUGCUCAAGAAUGAGUGGGGUUUCAGUCAGUAUCCCAUGGUGCCCGGGCACGAAAUUGUUGGGGAGGUGACCGCAAUUGGCAGCAAGGUAAAAAAAGUGAAAAUCGGAGAUAAAGUGGGUGUGGGCUGUCUGGUCAGAUCUUGCCGAAAAUGUGACCAGUGCACAGCCGACCUUGAAAAUUACUGCCCCAAACACGUCCUUACUUACGGCGCACCUGACAUUGAUGGAUCCUUCACCCAAGGAGGCUACUCGAAUAUCAUGGUUGCUGAUGAGCAUUUUAUCCUCCGCUGGCCUGAAAACCUGCCUCUCGACAAAGGGGCCCCACUUCUUUGCGCGGGCAUCACAACCUACAGCCCGCUUAAGUACUUCGGGCUCGACAAGCCCGGUAUGGCUAUUGGGGUUGCCGGGCUAGGUGGGCUUGGUCAUGUGGCUGUGAAAUUCGCUAAGGCCUUUGGGGCUAAGGUCACGGUUAUAAGCACUUCCGAGAGUAAGAAGAAUGAGGCCCUUGAGCAUCUUGGUGCAGAUAAGUUUCUGGUUAGCCGUGACCCGGAGCAGAUGUCGGCUGCGGCAGGGACAAUGGACGGUAUAAUUGAUACGAUAGCUGCAAAUCACGCGAUUGUGCCAUUUCUAAAUCUGUUGAAGCCUCACGGGAAGGUCGUUUUGGUUGGUGCUCCCGAGAAACCACUCGAGCUCCCAGCUACUCCUAUCAUUGCAGGGAGGAAAUCCGUGAUGGGGAGUGCCAACGGGGGACUGAAGGAGGUGCAAGAGAUGCUCGAUUUUGCUGCGAAGCACGGCAUAGCAGCGGAUGUUGAGCUAAUCUCGACAGAUUACGUGAACAAGGCAAUUGAGCGACUCCAUAAGGCUGAUGUCAAGUACAGAUUUGUGAUCGACGUUGGGAAAACAAUGAAACCCGAGUGAGGGGGCAGGCCUGCAGCUCAGGCUCAGUUGUUAUCUUGAUUUGGGGUCGUUACCCGUAUGUGUGGCACCCUCGUCGUUGGAUGAAGGACACAUGCCCCAUACUUAAGAAAAUGUUAAAAAAAACAUUUUUUUCACAUGUGUUCCUCGUAAAACGGAUGAGAGUGCCACACAUACGGGUAGCAUCUAAUGAACCCUUGAUUUGCUGUUUUCUGCAGCUCAGUUGUUAUAUUGAUUUGUUGUUUUCAAGAGAAUAAAUUGUUGCCAGUUUAAAUAAUUGUAAUCUGCGAGAAAAUAGUCUAGUGAAAAUCGCUGCUUCGCGUGUGGUAUUUGGCAAAAUAUUGUAUUUGCACGACUUUUAUCAAUUGGUAUUACUGUGUGUUGUGUAUACGAGUUCUUAUUCAAGUGCUUAUAAUCAUCCACUUCCACUCUAUAUAUAAUUUCAGAAUAGGUUGAGC